AUGCUGCUGUGUCUUCUUGUCAUCUCUGCUCUGGAUCUCGGGGCCUGGGGAGAUUCCCCACAGUUGUCUUGGAAUGAAACCCAAGCCAGAGGGCUGUCCGAGGAGCUUCUGUUGGCAUCUCAUAGCUCAUUCUCAAGGGUCGCAUUGAGAAGAGGUGAGGAUGGGCAAAGUCCUCCAGGGAAGUACAAGGAGGAAGUGUUUGGAGAACAAGGCUACUUGACUUCCCAGGCUGAGUGUGGAGUCUGCAUGGGGAUUCGUUUUACCCUAAAUGGGAUUUGGAGAUGGGAAGGGGUGACUGUGGUGAUGCAGGCCUCCUCCUGGGGCCUCUCCCAUCACAGAGGACCCAGGGUGGCCUGGACAGCCUGCGGCGGGCACGGGCAGGACCUUAGCAUGCCAGUCUGUGGUUCCCCCCUGAACCCCCCGCCAACUGCGUCCACCGUUGUCUCCCGCAAGGAGUGGGGGGCGAGAUUCCUGACCUGCAGGGCACAGCUGACCCAGCCUGUGGCCUGUGUCAUCAUGGACCAGCUUACGGAGAUAAAGUGCCAGGAGCAGAAUGUGUGCAGCUGGAAGCUGCGGGGCCUGCAGUCCCGUUCAGUCUGGUGCCAUGUGGCCUACAUCUUCCUGGUUGGGGACAAUGGCAGGGUGUACAAAGGUGUCGGCAGGAACAUCCAAGGCAUGCAUGCCCAGGGCUACAACAACGUCUCCUUGGGCCUCUCUUUCUUUGGCAAUAAGCUAGGCAGCAGGCCCAGCCCUGCUGCCUUAUCAGCCUCAGAGGAUCUGAUCUUCUGUGCCAUAAAGAAGGGUCACCUGUCACUCAGGUAUAUUCAGCCACUUCUCUUGAAAGAAGAGAGCUGCCUGGUCCCUCAAUAGCCACUGAUGCCCAGGAAAGCUUGCCCCAAUAUCAUCACAAGGUCAGCUUGGGAAGCCAGACAGACACACUGCCCUACAAUGAACCUCCCAGCCAAAUAUGUCAUCAUCCACACCGUUGGGGCAAACUGCAACAUAUCCAUGGACUGCCGGAUCUGUGUCCGAGAUAUACAGUCCUAUCACAUGGACACACAGAACUUCUGUGACAUCGGAUAUCAGUAA